UCAAAACGUUAUUUGCAAAUGGCCAUCGGGUGAGAAAUGGCUCCAGUAUGUGUGAAGUAUUUUUCUAACUCAAAAUUCGGCGUUAAAUGAUUGUCGCGAACGGUGAGAAAGGUUCACAAGUGCUACCGGAACUGUCCGUGCGUAAGUGACUAGUGUUAUUCGAAGAAACUGUGCGGCAGAAAUAGUGAAAAUCACGCAUUUCAAUUUCCUUAUCGUCGCCCGUGGGCAGUGUUCAAUUCCUUUGGUGCUGUGCGUGCUUUCGUUACUCUUGCUGCCCUGCUCGUGCCCGAAACGCAACUGUUUUCAAGGAUAGAAAGUGCGGUACAGUCUGCAAUCUAAUGAGAGUGCACAUUGCAAUAAGGGAAUAGUCAGUGACGCAAGUGAAAAUAGCACACGAAGAACAGGAAGCAGCCCACUUGACAGCAACCACUGGAUACAGUGUGAUUGAGUUUUCUGCUUGGAUUCUUCGAUGUUCGGAGGUGAAUCCUGCCGAGCAGUAGUGAAAAUACACAGUGAUCUAUGUCAAAAGUGACUAUUUUCUCAAUAAAGCGCAAAACACCAGAGUGAUCUACAGUUGCAUAAUUAGAUGACUACGAGGGACAAUACAAUUGGUGUGUUUGUCUCCCGUCAUUGCCAUUUGGAUGCAAAACAUUGCUCUUAUAUUGUCUGCCGAUGAAAACAAAAACAGCAGUAAAAAUAGACCAGAAACACUAUCGACGGAACAGUAAAAUACUAUCCAUAGGUAACACUAUUGUGGCCACAGUCGAAGACGAAAUUGGCAGUGGUGUUGGUGGUGGAACUUAGGAUAAGAGUUUUGUAGGAACGACACACAUCUACAGUCACGCUCAUUCAUACAUCGCACUUCGAAUCACCUUGUAUUACCACGAUAAUUGAAAGAUUACAACAAUUUCACACGGACGCCAGAAAACAAACACAAAUAGAAUACCACAAAAAAAACAGAAAAUGCAAAUCUUCAUCUCUAGUAUCGAAAGUCAUACAAAGAAUUUAGACGUAUUAAUGAUCCUUAAUAUUAAGAAAGUGGACAAAAACAUCAUCAGUACUGUUACUACUACCGCUACAGUGAAAUCUACUACUACUCCUACUAUUUCUUCAACUAUUACAAAAACUACUCAAGAAAACACAAACAAGUCUGAAUACGCUUUUAAGAAAUCACUUAAUAGUCUGCUAAGUUCAAACGAAGACGGGAUAAAUUUCAAGCACGAGAGGCCAGUGAAAGCGAGCAAGACCUAUAGGCUGCUUCUAAUUGUUCAACAGAAACUUCAACCACUGUUACUACAAUCGAUCAAUGAGUCUGAACAACAAUCAGGGAUUGUAUCCGAUAUUAUACUAAUUGUUAGUGAUAAUACAACUAAUUGUAACAGUGCUACGAAGUCCAACAUCGAUUGCAAAACAUCUGUGGUGGUUGAAAAGGGACAGCAAGCUUUCGUUCUGUCUCAGGCUAAACAAAAUUAUGCGUUGAUUGAACGUUGGUCAGCGGAGGCAGCAGGUGCCUAUCCUAUUGAAAUAGCAGCGCAAAACGGGAAUUCGACACAUUUCAAUCAUCUGAUCAGAAGCAUGAUGAAUGAUAAUGACACUGUGAAUAUGAUAUGUGAUUCAAUUGAUUACCUGAUAACAGUAAAUACUAAUCAUAGUAUAGUGAUUGAUGGAUUUAGUAGCUUGAUCUGUAAUGACCAAAAUCUAGUUUUUAAGGGUAACAAUUAUGAAGCCAUGGCAGACAAUGCAAACGAUGCUAAUACUUCCGAACAAGCCAAACGAACCUCGAAACUAGUAUCAACGUACAUUAAUUUUGAUGAUUUAUUGCGAAUGACAGAAUGCGAAAAGAGUGUUAACAGGGCAGGUAUAAAGCCACGCAUGAGGCUUUGUGGCGGCGGAGAAGAUUCUAUUAACAACGGUACUAACGCAUGGGGUGUUCCAGGCUCAAGUAAUCCAGGCAGCUCUUGGGGCACUGUAAACCCGCAACAUCCUGGUGCAUGGGGUAACAACCCACAGGUUGGACCACCAGCUUCGAGUGCAAAUUUGAAACAACAGCCACCGCAACCACCCGGUUCAGCUGGAGCUGGAAGUGCACCGGGUGGUCUUCCUGCGGUAGAGAAUCCUGAACCUAACGCAUGGGCAGGAGGCAAUCCAGUAAAUCCCAACAGUAAUAACGCACAAAAUCAAUCUUCUAGUGCUAACAAUGCAACAAACAACAGCACCAAUGCCAAUGCGAAUUCAGCACCGCAACCAGCUCAAGUGCCGCAAGGUGAUACACCUGCGGCACAACCAAAUCCCAAAUUAGAGCGGUUGAAUACCAUGAUUGAAGCACUUCAUGCUUUGGAUGGUUGGGGUUCAGAGAAUGUCAAUCAAGAUUCAAGAUGGGAUGUUCCUGCUUCGCCAGAACCUGGAUCGAAACCUGAUCCUAACAGUGCUACAAGCGGUCCUCAUGCUGGAAUUCCCAUGUGGAAGACCAAUACUGGAACGGAAAUUUGGGAAGCAAAUCUUCGUAAUGGGGGACAAAUGCCUCAACAAGCCCCUGUACAAAAGACACCUUGGGGUCCGUCCACCAACUUAGGUGGAACAUGGGGAGAAGAUGAUGAUACCAAUGAACCUGGUAGUGUGUGGAACGGAGCUUCCGGUAUGAAUCAGCCUGCUGUCUCUACACCUAAUGGGCCACCGCAACAGCCUCCAUGGAAUGCUGGUAAUAUGUGGGGUCCUGGAGCAGUUGCUCCUGGGUCUAUCAAAAAAGAAAACGAAUGGGGAGGAGCAGCUGGUCCAGCUGGUGGAUGGGACCAACGGAAUGUACCUCCGUUAGGCGCACCAAGUAAUAAUACCAAUAUGGAUCAAACCAACGUUGAUUUACGAAAUAUGCGAAUUGCAGGUGCCAUGGACAGCAACAGGGAAAUUCGUGGGGAUCCUCGGGGUAUUUCAGGCCGUUUGAAUGGAAAUGUAAACCUUUGGGAACAACAUCAACUACCUGGUAUGGCACCGAAUAAGAUUCCUCAAGUUACAACGCCAAGUACACCUGGUGCCGGUCCUCAGUGGCCUACUGGUCAACCACCUGUUCAUAAUAAAAUGCCGCCAUCUGGCUGGGAUGAUGCAUCUACGCCAGGAGUACGCAGGAAUGUCGACGAUGGAACGGCUCUUUGGGGACAAGGGAAUCUCAGCCGGCAGAACUCUAAUGUUUCCAACUGGAAAGAUGGCCCAGAAAACAUACAACGAAACUCUCAACAAAGAAAUUCGAUAGUUGCCGGAAACUUACCAGGUCCAGCCGGAAAUCGAUUAGGAAAUACAGGACCUAUUAAACCGGAUAACCUUUGGGGUCAAAACAACGCUGGCGGUCGUGGUGGAAGUGGAUGGGAAGAACCUGCAGGAAAUAAUUGGGAGGAUAAAAAUACUGGAUCAUUGUGGAAUGAUAAUGCAUCAGCCAAUUGGAAUAAAACCAAGCAAAUGGGAGCCAACUGGAAUGACCCCAGCUCGGAUAUGGGCUCCGAAUGGGGUAUGCACAAUAAUGUAAUGAACAAGCCUCCAAACAAGAUGAACCCAUUAGAAAUAAUUAGAAGUAGCAAACAUUAUCGAAUGCUGUGUGAAAUGGGAUUCAAGAAAGAUGAAGUGGAGACUGUACUUCGCAUUUGUAAUAUGAAUCUGGAGGAGUCCAUUGAAAUGCUGCAAAGAAAUGGAUCUUCGGGUGAUUGGCGACGACAAGAUGACCAUGGACCUGGUUUCGGUGGUCAAUUUGGAGAUAGAUUCUCGUCCGGUGGAAACACAGCUAUGCCGUUUCCUCAGGCUAAUCAAAAUCCUCUCAGUGGUUUUGGUGGAAACCCAAAUAUGAAUUCCUUCAACAAUAUGAAGUUUGGUGCUGGCCAUGGAGGCCCUAAUGGAGCCGCAAAUGGUCCUUUUGGACAGCCACCUUCAGCGCUCAAUCAGAAUGCACAAUCUCAACCCUCGACGCAACAGCUACGUAUGCUAGUCCAGCAAAUUCAAAUGGCUGUGCAACAUGGUUACUUGAAUCAUCAAAUUCUCAAUCAGCCGCUGGCACCACAAACUUUAUUACUGUUGAACCAAAUGUUGAAUCAUAUCAAGCAAUUACAAGUUAUGCAAAGCAAUCUGAACCGUAGUGGUGGAGGCGGUGCUAAUGCUGUACAAAUUUCACUUGCAAUUAAUAAGCUCAAAUCGCAAAUUGGUAAUCUGCAAAAUCAGAUAACUGCCCAGCAAACGAUUUAUAUGAAACAACAGCAGCAACAAAAUAAUCCGAACGCAGUUCCAGGCGCUGGUCAUCCAGCAAAUGACUUAUUCCGUACGCCAUCUGAUCUUUCCGGUUUGCCGGGUACGUUCUCCGACAUGUCAUUGAAAGAUAACGGCAAUCCGUUCCCGUCGUCGACUGGAAGCACUAGUCAACAAUCUCGAUUAAAUCAAUGGAAGCUUCCAGCCCCUUCGGCAGUUGACAAGGACUCUGAUCUCACCGAUUUUCCUCGAGCUCCUGGAACAAGUUCAAAACCAACUGGACUGGGUGUUAUGGAUGAUGGUACUUGGUCUAAUGGUCGAUCAAAUACUGGCGAUGGAUGGCCGGAUUCCAAUGUUCAUGACAAAGAUUGGGCUGGUAAUGCAGACGCAUUUACUGAUUUGGUGCCAGAAUUUGAACCGGGUAAACCAUGGAAGGGGACUCAAGCAACACGUAUUGAGGAUGAUCCUACCAUCACACCAGGAAGUGUUGCACGUUCUCCACUUUCCAUCGCAGCUGCCAAAGAAUCGAAUUUAUUUGCCAACAGCAAUAGUAAUAAUAAUAUUAACAAUAAUAAUACCAAUAGUAAAUCCUCGCCGACUGAAUCUAUUUCGUCCUCAACCUGGAGUUACAAUCCGAGUAAUAACCAUGGUGGCUUCGGAGGUUCCAAACUGUCGAAAAAUCCUUGGCCAGACAGUAUUGUUCCUCCCGCAGACCUGUGGGAUAAUUCACUUGUUAAAGGUCGCGUAGCUCCACCCGGUUUGAAAACGACUGGAAGUAAACUAGAUUCCAAUGGAUGGUCAUCGCACUCGGCUGCUGGUAGUGCUACAGCUGGUUGGAAUAGUGGAUCUGCAACUUGGUCUUCGACUUGGAUUUUACUCAAAAAUCUAUCACCACAGAUCGACGGUCCAACGCUACGUACGUUGUGCAUACAGCACGGUCCAUUGCUUGCCUUCCAUUUGUAUCUCAAUCACGGUAUUGCGCUAUGUAAAUAUUCGACCCGCGAAGAAGCGAAUAAGGCACAAAUGGCGCUGAACAAUUGCAUGCUGGGCAGCACUACAAUUUGCGCGGAAACACCAACCGAAGGCGACGUGCAGAACAUUCUGCAGCAUCUGGGGCCUCCAAGUGGCUCCAAUGGACUAACUGGCGGCCAAUCCGGUGGUCAAAACUGGCGUCUCGGAGCAGCUGCCCAAUCUCAGUCCGUACGCACCCCAGCUGAUACUUGGGGCUCGGCCUGGCCCAGUACUGGUGCUGGAUCUAACCUGUGGGGCCCAUUGGAUGGUCCAUCCGAUCGAGGAACGCCUGCAAAUUUGAACUCAUACUUACCAGAGAGCUUGCUUGGUACCGAUUUGAACUAGGAAACGAACAACUGCAUUCUUGAACACGAACAUAGUUAGCUAGGUGAAAAGUGAUCCAAGUCUGCAUAGGAUAGAACGAAUUUUGUUGGACAUCAAUGAACGACGGUAGCUGAAGGCCUGGGUUUAUAAAUGAAGUGUCUUUUCAUAGUCAGCGGUUUCGCCUGGCAUAGUAUUAAGGUGUUGUGAAUGUUUUUAUCAUUUUUAAUGAAAGCGAUAUACAAUUAAUAUAUAUUUGAAAAAAAAAAUCAACAAAA